GAAGCCACUUCACUAAGUUUUACAUGUCCACCAUCCACCUCCGAUCUCCACCUGCAGCCACCACCAUCUGCUGGCUAAAAUCCAGCCUCCGGUCUCCACGUGCAGGCACCACCACCGGCUUGCUGAACACCAGCCUCCCCUCUCCACCUGCAGCCACCACCAUCGGCUUGCUGAACACCAGCCUCCCCUCUCCACCUGCAGCCACUACCAUCGGCUUGAUGACCACCAUCACCCUCUCUCCACUUGCAGGAACCACCAUUGGCUUUUACAACAUCUGGAAGAAGAUAUAA